AUGCUCCAGCGCUUGGCUCCAGGUUCACACGGCCGAAGCGGGCGGAGAGAUGCUCCGGCUCGCGCGCCUGCUUUGCGCUUCCGCAAGGCGCCGUGGCAGAAGCUCCCCUCCGCUCAAACUUGCAGCUUUCCUUGCCGGGGUCAUGCUGGGUCUCCCCCCUUCCCACACACACACACCCAGCCAGCCCGAAACGCAGUUUCUUAUUUCCUCCGGGCGCGCACAAAAGAGUCGGUGGGGUUGUUUGGAGAGGCUUGGAAACACCCGACACGCGUCCCCGCGCCUCCCGGUUUAGCCGUUCCCCUUCCGCGCAGCAGUCCCAGGCCGGAUGCGGGCGUCGCUGUAGCCUCGCAGGUUCAAAUCUUCUCUCCUUUCCUUUUUGAAGAAGGAAGGCUCUCUCCAUUCAAGAUAUUCCAAGCCUCGCUGUCUCUUUACCCUCAUGGAGGCAGCUCCUUCCUCCUGGGACUUCUGGCUACAUCCCACCAAUUAAUUGUCUCCAGUUCUCAUUCUAUGUUCAAGGAGCAUUAUUUGAUGCUUUCUUUAAGAAUCUUCAUUCAAGCUCUAUCUGCUUUAUUGGGAGAAAAAAAAAGUUCACAUACGAAGAACAUCAAGCUAACAAGGAAUUAG